GUAACUGGGAAUUUGAGCUCCGUCAGCCAAUCCGGAGCUGAGCUUUUUAAUGCCACUAAAUCUUCCCGGGACCAACUCUCCCCAUUCACCACCGGUCUGUUUAGUUCCCCCGAUCACACGAUGCCCUGGCAGGUCAACAUAUUUCUCCUCGGCACUUUCGUCAUCUUCGUCACGACGGUGGUGGCAGGUGAAUCCUCGUCAGAUGACUCCCGGUUUUCAACAGGCGUUGGCAAGGAGUGGAAACAUGACUGUGCUGACUUUAACAACACCACAUGGAGAGAAUUCCAGCAGCAGAGAACAAAGCUUCAGGUCCAGUACCUGCUGCUAACACGGAGGAAUGUGGACUGUGCCGCCAUGUUCAGCCAAGACUCCCUCACCAACCCACAGCAGCCCUCUCUCUUUGACUUCUCCCUUCCUACCAAGAUCAUUGUCCAUGGGUACAGGGCCCUGGGCAGUAAGCCUUCGUGGGUGAAGGAGCUGGCUCAGGCCCUACUCAGGGCGGAGGAUGUGAACGUGGUGGUGGUGGACUGGAUCUAUGGCGCCUCCUUCGCCUACAACCUAGUGGUGGAGAACUACAAGGAGGUGGCCGUGCAGAUCUCCAUCCUUAUCAACCAUCUCCAGAAUCAUGGGUGUAAACUGGAGUCCUUCCACUUCAUCGGGGUCAGUCUUGGGGCACAUGUGUCGGGAUUCGUUGGGACCCUUUUCGAGGGCAAGAUCGGACGGAUCACAGGUCUCGACCCCGCCGGUCCAAUGUUUAGAGGAGCAGACAAGUUCGACCGUCUGGACCCCUCGGAUGCUCAGUUUGUGGAGGCUAUCCACACAGACUCUGACUAUUUUGGUAUUUCCAUCCCUGUUGGCCAUGUUGACUUCUUUUUGAAUGGUGGAAUGGAUCAGGCCGGUUGUGCCCGUUCACGGUUCGCGUCAAUUCUCGUCUACUUUCCAGUGUACGGCUAUGUGAUAUGUGACCACAUGAGGGCGCUGCAUGCCUAUGUCAGCGCGCUGAACGGCUCCUGCCCCUUAACCGGGAUCCCUUGCUCCAGCUAUGAGCACUUCCUCGCGGGGCGCUGUCUCGGCUGUAAGGGCGUCCUUAACGGGACCUGCCCAACAAUAGGUUUAUCAGAAAACAGCGGGAUAACAGUGUCUCCGAUUCCAGAGGAGCAAAAGGUUUUCCUCCUCACAACGUCUGCACCGCCAUAUUGCGCUCACCACAUCCUGCUGGACUUGGAGGUGUGGCCCCUGGAUAAGAGUGCGGAGGUGGAGGUGACCCUGAAGAGCAAGAGCCUUGGUACGGAGAACAGACUCAGGCUUUCGACAGACACCACUGCAUACAGGAGGGUGUUGGCUCACCCGGUGGCUCUGUGCGAGAUAAACUCCAUCCAGCUGAGGAACACAGGAGCCAGAUUCUACCGGCAGGCAGAGAUCCACGUCCUGUCAGUCUGCAUAUCAGAGUUCCCGCCCAUCAGGCAGGAGAAGUCGCUGUGUGUAGAAAAUCUCUACGUCAGACGAGGAACUCCGUGGUCGCAUGACUUUGUGUUACUGUGUGGCAGUUUUUGAGAGAUCUACAAUAAUCAACAGACACUGAAAUGAACACACACACACGUGCACACACACACACACACACACACACACACAUACACACAUACACUGCAUCCCCAUAGCACAUAGCACCCUUUGAUUCUGAUAUGGUGUCUAUGCCAUUUUUCCCCACAAUGAUCAAAUAAAAUAGUGGCUCAGGAGACGUGAUCCCUCACCCGUACCUACUGGCUGUUGUAACAUAGAGAUAUAUGCAUAAAUCAACACACACACACACAUACACACACACACACACACACACACACACACACACACACACACACACACACACACACACACACACACACACACACACACACACACACACAGAUCUGAAAUGCCAUGGCCAUUUAGAGUAGAGAAGGAGGCAAGAUGACGUAAUUUUUCAGUGACCGUGGAGAAUGGGAGAAUAAUGGAGGGUAAACUGUGGUUGGUGAUUGCCACGUUUCGUUAUGUAUACACAUACAUACACACUCACACUCACACAAACAACUCAGACCUACACAUAGCAUGCCCAAGGAGAAAAAUAUCUUUAAAUAGAUAAUUAGGUACUAGGUAAUAGGUACUCUGGUUACCAGAGGCUCUCUUCCAGCGAUUCACAGCUCUUCUAAUUAAUUUACAUUUGGUUGUCUUUGUGUUCAUCUUGAGCAAAUACAGGAAGUCAAAUUCCCUAUGCAUCUAAACUUGUUUUGCAAUUAAGAAAAUAUUUUAACUUGAUUUAGCCUUAGAGCAAACGUUUAAAUACUUUUCUUUCACCAUAUUCCAGCUUUACAGCACAACAGGCUGAAUGAGAUGCUCAGGGAAAACUUUUUCUUUUUAUAUUUGACAAAUGUAGAAUUACUGUCACUGUAAUGUGUUAUUCUGGUGCUGAUAGUUACAUUUAGAUUGUCUGUUCAAGCAAUAAAGUGGUAACUUUUGGUUUCUCUGUGUGUAUUUAGAAGUUUAUACAGUAAUGGUUGUGUGCUGGAUACUGUACCGAAAUUAAGGACUAUAUUAUUGUUUGACCCUGCA